CCACGCAGACAGACGGUUUAACCGCGCACCAGAAUUAACUAUUAGGCAUACACAUAUUGAAAAGAACUGUUGAGUUUGUAUCAUUGUCGUUAAGUGACCGUGCGCAGCGCUAUAACUGCAGAAUGGGGAAACAGAAUAGCAAACUGGCCCCCGAAGUCAUGGAGGACCUGGUGAAGAGUACGGAGUUCAAUGAGCAUGAGCUCAAGCAGUGGUACAAGGGGUUCCUCAAGGACUGUCCCAGCGGGAGGCUGAACCUGGAAGAGUUCCAGCAGCUUUAUGUGAAGUUCUUCCCUUACGGCGACGCCUCCAAGUUUGCCCAGCACGCCUUCCGCACCUUCGACAAGAACGGGGACGGCACCAUCGACUUCCGAGAGUUCAUCUGCGCCCUGUCCAUCACCUCCAGGGGCAGCUUCGAGCAGAAGCUCAACUGGGCCUUCAACAUGUACGACCUGGACGGCGACGGCAAGAUCACCCGGGUGGAGAUGCUGGAGAUCAUCGAGGCUAUCUACAAAAUGGUGGGCACUGUGAUCAUGAUGAAAAUGAAUGAGGAUGGUCUCACGCCUGAGCAGCGAGUAGACAAGAUUUUCAGCAAGAUGGAUAAGAACAAGGAUGACCAGAUUACUCUGGAUGAAUUCAAAGAGGCGGCAAAGAGCGACCCUUCCAUUGUAUUACUUCUGCAGUGCGACAUUCAGAAAUGAGCUGAUGUCUAUGCCCUGGACUGCACGGAAGUCUCAAUGUUCCAUUCAGUCUGCAGCUACACACACACACACACACACACACACACACACACACACACACACACACACACCGCUUGGACUACCUAUAAAUGGACUUGCUUCUUGUGUUUGAAACACUUGUGUGCAUGAGAAUCUCAUUUGCUAAUGAAUUUUAAAAGCAUAUAUUAUAAAAAAAAUUCUGAACAACCUGCCACAAUGUGAUAUGUGUAACAUCAUUUCAUAAAAAUAUUCCUCUUCC